AUGGAGUCCUACAAGGAGCUCACUUGUGAGUUUUUGGCAUCGAUGAGGUAUCACCAAUUCGAUGCGCUCGAUCGAGCUGAGUUGGACCAAGGCUGGGGAUGGAUUACUUUCUUGGCAAAGGGAGAGAGGAAGAUGGUAACCUUCAGGCAGCUAGAGAUACUCUUUGGCUUCACUUAUGGAGAAGGAAACCUAUGGAAUAUCAAGGAAGAUGAACUCCAAAGAGUAUGGGCUACAAUCGUUGAAGAGGGAUACUCUUCUUCAAGGUCAAAGGCUGCCCAAAUCAGGAGCCCAGUGCUGAGAUAUGUCCACAAAGCUCUUGCCAACACCUUCUUUGCAAGGAAAGCCACUGGUACAAUCAAUGAAGGAGAAGUCAAGCUCCUUGACAUGGGAAUUAAGCCCAUCAUCUCACGCACAAGAGAUGGGAAGAAGAUCAGAGGAGAUAGGGCACACGCAGGAAACCUCAUGCCUCUCCUUGAGCAGCUGCUCUCCUACAAGGUCACGGCCUACAACACUCGCUGGAUGGAUGGACAUCAAGUUUUGCAAGACAACCUCCUCAUAGAACACAAGGAGUUGGAUGGGAGGUACCAAUUCAAGUUCACACAUCCACUGGCUGGCCCUUCCAAGCUUCUCCUGCCCAACCCAGAGCUCACCACAGUUGUCAGGGGUGAGAACAUCGACUUCAGACCCCCAGUGUACACGCUAGUUGGGCAUGAGGAUGAGUUGCGAGAAGAGGAGCCUGAACUCGAUCGAGCUGAGGAUCGAGCUGAGGUUCGAGCUGAGGAUCAAGUUCAGGAGAAUGAAGAUUUGGGUGAGCCUGAGUGUUACUAUUUUGAGGAGUAUGAGGCUCCAAGGAUGAACCCCUCUGUUGUGGCUGCUUACAAGAGGAUUGGACUUCUUCAAAAGUUCAACAAAUGGCAAGGGAAGGCCAUUGAAAAGAUGCAAAAGUCCAUGGACAAGAUGGUGAGCAAGAUCAAGAGUUUGGAGAAGAAAGUUUCUGGUUCUUCAUCCAAGAAGAAGAAGGCAACCAUGGCCCCCACAUUCCCAGGAGUAGAUCUCUCCUCACCACUCCAAGGAGGCUUCCUGCCCAAGAGCCUCACAGAGCCUCAUCAUUUGAGCCAAGGGAAGGAGAAGACAACUCGCAGAGAAGGAGGAAGAGUUCCAAGGCUCGACGCUCUAACUCGACCACAUGACUCGAUCAGUCCAAAUAGAGGAAACUCAACUCGAUCGAGCUGA